AUGAGUAAAACCAUAGUCUGUAACAACACGCGACUCUCAGUGGCAGAAAAUCUCUUCAAUUGCCUGACACAGCUUGAGAAGAAUGGCCACCACUAUGACCGAGACCUUUGGGUCGAUGCAAUAUGCAUUGAUCAAGGCAACGAUCAUGAGCGCAAUGAUCAAGUCAGCAUCAUGGCUGACAUAUAUAGAUUGGCAGAGUGUGUGAUUGUGUGGCUAGGCGCUGCUGAUGAGCUUACACAAAAAGCUUCAGAGUUGAUAGAGCGUUUGAGUCAACUAACGGAUGAUGAGAUGCUCACUAUCGAUCCUCAAGCAUUCAAUAAUCUACAUAAGAAUGUUCCGUUGGGAUGCUCAAACUCUUCGGGUCACUGGAAAGCACUCGCUUUGUUAUUCGGGAGAAGAUGGUUUACAAGAGCGUGGGUGGUCCAGGAGUUAAUCUUAGCUCGCGGAACAACUAUCCUAUGCGGCGAUUUUACCUUGGAUUGGGAGAAGAUGGUUCGUGCUUCAGAUUUUCUAUCGAGACGAACAUCUGCGAACACAUUCAAAGAACAUCUCUUCGACGGCAUUGAUCAUGCUUUACUUUCGUACAAAAACCCUACGAAAUUAAAUGCGGUUAAGAGGGAUAUUAAUAUUGGAGCUGACAACAUUAUCCUUCACACUCUGGUUAGAUGCCGCACCUAUGAUGCUGAGAAGAAGCAUGAUAAAGUAUAUUCGCUUCUUGGCCUUGCCAAUUGUCCAAGUUAUGAUCAUCCCGAAUUAUAUCCAAAUUACAAUGAAAGUGUCACGAAGCUAUAUACUGAUGUUGCCAAGUAUAUUCUUAAAGUCUCGAAAGACCUACAUGUCCUUGCACACGCCGAGGGCGACGAUUUUAAACAAACUAAAGGACUACCUACAUGGGUACCCGAUUGGAGUGUGAGAGAAGAUCUUGGUCUUCGAAUUACUGGAUAUACCAGAUACAAUGCCGCUGGCACACUGCCAUGCUUCAAGAAGAUCCAGGAUGAAAAUAAGCUAGUAUUACGCGGGUUCGAACUGGAUACGAUUACUCGAAUAGGAGAGACCAAAAAGGAGGUUAAUCGUACGAAGAACUGUAAAAACUGGCUGGAAAUGCGCGACGAGCUUCAACGGGAGUAUCCUACUACUAACUAUAAAGAUGCUUUUUGGCGGACCCUCCUCAUCGAUACAGAUCCGUCUAGAACAGUACCGAUCAAGCAACCAUGGGAAAACGCGUUCGAUAUCUGGAUGGAGCUCUCCGAUUACGAGCCAUCCGAGACUGAUAAGCAUAGAGCUGCCCAAUACGAGACCUCUUUCACCCAUUCCUUGAAUCUGCGCCUGUUUAGGACGGCUGGUGGAAGCUUAGGCUGCGGAACUUCGUCCUGCGAAAAGGGGGACCUAGUGUGGAUAGUUCAGGGCUCGAGGGUGCCUCUAAUCCUUCGAAAAGUGCCGCAGGCGGCGACCUACGAUCUUGUUGGGGGGACCUAUCUCCACGGGUUUAUGCAAGGUGAGGCGUUGGAUGGACGAGAAUUUCAGGAAUUCACUCUGUCUUAA